AUGGAUGAAGCUCAAAAACCAGCGGAAAAGCCACGGCUGAUCUCAGAGGCCGAUAUAACGAAAUACAAAACGGCCGGAGACAUCGUCAACGAUGUUAUGAGGAAGCUUGUUUCCAUCACUGUUGAGGGUGCCAAGAUAAUCGAUCUUUGUAUUGAGGGAGACAGGCUCAUCGAAGAAGGCACUGGCGGUGUGUACAAUAAAAUCGUUAAGGGUGCCAAAGUCAGCAAAGGAAUCGCAUUCCCGACGAGUGUUUCUAUCAACAACACUGUCGCCCACUUUUCCCCCCUUGUUUCAGAUCCCCUUGCUUCGCAAGCCUUGGUAAAGGGUGACGUUGUAAAACUACAUCUUGGGGCGCACAUCGACGGCUUCGCGGCCAUAAGUGCGGAAACGAUCGUCGUAGGCGCGACCGAACAAGAUCCUGUUACCGGGAGGCGUGCAGAUGUACUACAAGCUGCGUGGCUUGUUAAAGCAGGGAAUAAGAACUGGGCUGUUACUGACGCGGUCUCGAAGGCAGCCUCCGCGUUCAACUGCAAACCUGUUGAGGGGAUGCUGUCGUGUCAACAGACUCAAAAUGUCAUAGACGGAAAAAAGCGCAUCAUACUGAACCCUUCGGAAGCCCAAAGACGAGACAUGGAAACAACAACUUUCAGUGAAGAUGAAGUAUAUGGAAUAGAUAUCCUUGUAUCAUCAGGAGAAGAUGGAAAGGCCCGCGUUGAGGAUUCCAAAACCAGCAUUUACCAGAAGGAGGGUUCUGUCACAUAUCAAUUGAAGAUGAAAAACUCCCGUAUGGUAUUCUCCGAAAUGCAGAAGAAGGCUGAUGAAAAACGAGCGCGCCUUGGUCUUCAAGAAGCCGUUACCCAUGGAUUGGUAAAGCCAUACGAGGUCGUUUACACCCCCUCUAAUACAUUCGUCGCUGCAUUCCAUUUCACAAUUGCUCUACCUCCCGCUGGCCCUCUUUUGAUCACACAUCCGCCAGUGUGGUACAAACCGGAGUUGGUGAAGACAGAUAAGGUGCUAGAAGAUGAGGAAUUGAAGGCCCUCCUCACGAAACCACUAAGGGAGACGAAGAAGAAAAAGAAGUCAAAGGAAGCGGAGGGUGCAGAUGAAGCCAAGUAG